CCUCGCUCCCCUCCCCGGCGCUGCGCGUGGCCAGCGGCAAUGGCUCUUCUGCACGCGGGCCCCAACGGGGUGUGCGGGAGACGGGCCGGGGCCGGGGGAAGACUCUCGCCUUCGCUCCCGGGUGCAGCGGCCUGCAGAGGCGGCGCAGGCGCCCUGCUCCCAGCGGAGUGCACCGCGCUGCCGCCGAGCCGAGAGCUGCGGGGGCUGCAGGGAGAAGGCGGAGACCGGCUGUGGCUGCUGCACUAAGCCCCUUACCCCGCGGGCUUCGGAGCCCUAUGCCCCCGCCGGCGAGCCCGGGGUCCCGGCUAGUGGCGGCUCGCGGUAGCUUCCGGGAUGCUGCUGCUUCUGCUGCUUGCUGCCUGUUGGGGGCGGGGGGCGCUGUCUGGCAGCCCCCCCGGCCCGGCGGUGCACAGCCUGCGAGGGGGCUGGUGGCUGGGCAACGGGAACGGCUCGGUGGUGCUGAAAGGGGAUGUGCCUGGCUGCGUUCACACGGCCUUACUCCGCCAGGGCCUCAUCCAGGAUCCUUACUAUAGGUUUAAUGACCUGACCUACAGAUGGAUCUCCUUGGAUAACUGGACUUACAGCAGGACAUUCAAAACCCCUUUUGAUGUCAGCAAAUGGCAGAAAGUGAAUUUGGUUUUCGAGGGAGUAGACACAGUAGCGCAAAUCCUGAUCAAUAAUGUCACUGUUGGGAGAACGGACAACAUGUUCAACAGAUAUAGCUUUGAUAUUACCAGUGUGAUCAAGGAGGUCAAUUUUAUUGAGGUCCAUUUCUUAUCAGCCAUUUCAUAUGCAGCAGAGCAGAGCAGAUCUCACAGAGCAUACAGGGUGCCUCCACAGUGCCCUCCACCUGUGCAGAAAGGGGAGUGCCAUGUUAAUUUCAUCAGAAAGGAACAAUCUUCGUUCAGUUGGGACUGGGGUCCCUCUUUUCCCACUCAAGGAAUUUGGAAAGAUGUUAGAAUUGAAGCCUAUAACCUUUGUCACCUGAUCUACUUCACUUCAACCCCCAGCUAUGUGAAGAGUGCUCAGCAGUGGAGUCUUGAAAUAGAGUCUGUUUUUGAUGUAGUCAGCUCAAAGCCAGUUGUUGGUCUUGUGACAGUGAACAUUCCUAAGUUGCAAACACAGCAAACCUAUACUACAGAACUUCCUCCUGGAGAAUGCAGAAUUGUGCUGCUCGUAAACAUCAAUAAGAGUGCUACAGUGCAGACUUGGUGGCCUAGUGGCCAUGGAAACCAAACUGGAUAUGACAUGACAACAACUUUCAACAUGGGGCCAGGAUACAAGAUUGAGAAAUUUUCGAAGGCUUAUUUUCGAACAGUGGAACUGGUUGAGGAGCCUAUACUUGGUUCACCAGGCCUGAGUUUCUACUUCAGGAUCAACGGACUCCCCAUCUUCUUUAAGGGAUCCAACUGGAUUCCAGCAGAUGCCUUCCAGGACAGAGUUUCCUCUGAUAUGUUAAAGCUCAUCUUGCAGUCCACAGUUGAUGCUAACAUGAAUGCGCUUCGUGUAUGGGGAGGAGGAGUAUAUGAGCAAGAUGAAUUCUAUGAUAUCUGCGAUGAACUAGGAAUAAUGAUUUGGCAGGAUUUUAUGUUUGCAUGUGCCCUUUACCCAACUGACCAGAACUACUUAGAAUCAGUAAGAGCAGAAGUUACUCAUCAGGUGAAGAGAUUAAAAUCUCACCCAUGCAUCAUUUUAUGGAGUGGAAACAAUGAAAAUGAGGCAGCAAUUGCAGGCAACUGGUUCUCUAUACCACACGAUAAGAUGGAAGUUUAUAUCCUAGACUAUGUGAAACUUUAUGUGAAGAACAUCCAAGAAAUUGUUAUUGCUGAGGAUAAGAGUCGUCCUUAUAUUACAUCCAGUCCCACAAAUGGCAAGGAGUCUGUUAAAGAAAGCUGGCUCUCCCAAAAUCCUUAUGACACCCAUUAUGGUGACACUCACUUUUAUGACUAUCUCAGUGACUGCUGGAACUGGACAGUGUAUCCUAAAACUCGGUUUGCCUCGGAGUAUGGAUUUCAGUCCUGGCCCUCCUUCAGUACAUUGGAAAAGGUCUCCUCUACAGAGGACUGGUCUUAUACAAGCAAUUUCUCCCUCCAUCGACAGCACCAUGCAGCUGGUAAUGACCAAAUGCUUUAUCAGGCUGGACUUCACUUCAAGCUGCCCCAGAAUACAGAUUCCCUAAAACUGUUCAAAGAUACAAUUUACCUCACUCAGGUUAUGCAAGCCCAGUGUAUAAAGGCAGAAACAGAGUUCUAUCGGCGUAGUCGAAGUGAGAUAAUCAAUGGAGAGGGACAUACAAUGGGAUCACUCUACUGGCAGCUUAAUGAUAUCUGGCAGGCCCCUUCAUGGGCUUCUCUAGAGUAUGGGGGCAAGUGGAAAAUGCUCCAUUACUUUGCCCAGCAUUUCUUUGCCCCACUGUUGCCUGUGGGAUAUGAAGAUGACGGCGUGCUGUACAUCUACGGAGUGUCGGAUCUUCAUUCAGACUGUGAGCUGACGCUCCAAGUCACUUUGCACCGGUGGAGUUCGAUGGAGCCAGUGUGUACCCUUGCUAAAGAGGGUGUGAUCCUUAAGGCAGGGAGUGCUGCCCCAAUUUACAAGGAGCCCAUAAAUGACCUGUUGAAAAGAUGUGGGAAUUGUACCAGGCAAAGCUGUGUCGUCACCUUUUACCUUAUGGUAAAAGGCGAGCUCCGUAGUCCUGGCAACUAUCACUUCCUAGCUUCGCUGAAGGACGCGGUGGGAUUGGAGAAAGCACAACUCAGUGCUACUAUUUCUCAGCAAGGUGACCUGUAUGCUUUUGUUCUGCAGACCACAGCAAUCACUCCUUUUGUUUGGCUGGAUGUAGGGAAUAUACCUGGGAGGUUUAAUGACAACGGCUUUCUCAUGACUGAGAAAAGAAAAGUUGUGGUGUUUUAUCCGUGGGAGCCCAUCAGCAUCGAGGAACUCAAAAAAUCACUCAGCUUGACUUCACUGAUGGACAUUUACUGAGGAAAUCUCAUGUCCUUUAUAGGAAAUGUUUCCUGUAGUGGUAGCAGAAUAGAAACUGGAAAUCUUCAAAGGAGUACAACUAGGACUCCGUGUUUGUCACAGAGGUUGCGGAAGUCACAGAUUCGAUGACUUUCCGCAACCUCCAUGACUUGUGCGGUGGCCAGUGUGGCUGACCCCAAGGCUGCCCAAGCAGUGACACACUCCCCCUGCCCCAAGAUUUAGUCAGGGGUAUAGUAAAAGUCAUGGACAGGUGACAGCCAUGAAUUUUUGUUUAUUGCUCAUGACCUGUCCAUGACUUUUAUUAAAAAUACCCAUGCCUAAAUCUUAGCCUUAAGUAUAACUAAAGAUUAAGAGCUAUAGCAGAUAAACUGACCACAGAAUGUGUAGCUCACGCUGUCAUUUGUACAUUGCUAUCUCUUGGUUUGAUGAAAAGAUGUCAACAGCAAAAUUUACAUAUAUUAUAUAUCAGAUGUCGAGGGUGAGGCUACUUUCUCAGGUAACUGAAAAUAUAUAUACCAAGGGAUUCUCAUGCAGCAUGGUAACCAGGAAGUGAAGCAAGUAGGAUCUGUGAUAGUUUUAAAGCCCUGAAUAUUUCUCUAGCUUUAAUUUUUCACAACUGUGUUUGUAUCCUCUGGAUCUCAGGAGGGGGCGAUACAUUUCAAAUUGAUGUCUUGUGGGUUCGUCACAAGCCCCAGAUAAGAACCAGCACAACCCUGCUGCUCUGGGAGCAGACCAGGGACCAGACAGUCACUCAAGAGUCCCAAUCAGUCCCUGGUUCUCCUUUGAUCUAAUGGAGAAGUCAUCUGUGUGAUUCCUUUUUUUAGUGCAGACCACUACCUGUCCCCUACCGAUACACCUGUGCCAGACAGUGUCUCUCUAUCGAUACACCUGUGCCUGACCCCGGGGAGGCCACCUUUCCUCUCCGUGCUGCGACCUACAGCAUGGAAGUGAGGGAGAAGAGGAGAUUGUUGACAAAGGCACAAAAAAUAUAAAAUGAGGAGGAGAUGAGGCUGUGACAGCAACUGAACAGAAUAUUUUUUUUAUUAUUAUGACAGAAUUUGUCAUUUGAAAAAUUUCAGCUAGUUCUGGUACCCUUGGCAAUAGCAAAGCACCCCUUCAUCUCCCCAAGGAAUCUAAAUAUGGUUUUAUGUGAAGUUCCUGAGGUUUUUCACUAUUCUGUUCUUCAUGCACAAUUUUGUACCUUUACCCUGCCCCACUCAAACACGCCCCACAAGUUCAGAAUGCAGCACUGCAGCGCCCUCUGGUGUUUAUCAUAGACUUGAAAGAACACCCCCGCCUGACUCCAGAAUGUCACACGAGUGAGCAAUGCACUUUGCUGCAGAGUGCUGAGUUAACAAGGGCACCUAAACUUCCUGAGAAGUCUUUUAAAUCAAAGGAGUCUUUUGUGAAGAGUUGGAAUGAAAAGAGGAUCUUUGCUGUGCUCUGUGAAUCUGGAGGGCUUUUGUUUUGUGGUGUGUAUUUUACAAAAGAGCCUGUUGUAUGUUCCUACAGUGUUCAAGGGAAACAAGUAAUAUUGCAAAUUGAAAUGAUCUGAAGAGCAUAUUUUAGUGUUUUAAAAUGUUUAAAAUAAUCCUUCUAAUUAAUAUUGUUUUCAGUCCGGACCUGUACUUCAUUUAAAAGUAAAUGUCAUUUGGUUAAGCAUGCAUUAAGCGUACAGCUCACUACAGUCUUUAUUUAAAUGUCACUUUUUUUUAACCUAUUGCCUAUCUUAUGUUACACAUUUGGCUAUUGAUCAACUCUGGAAAAUAAUCCGGGGGAAAAAGCAGCCUUUAACAAACUAGUCUGAGGAGUCAUUGUUCCAUGAAAAGCAGAGAUUUUCAGCAGCUAUAGAUGGGAACAGUGACAUCAGCACUAUUUAAAAAAAAACAUGACAGCAGCACCUUAAAUCUGUUUGAAAUUGUCAGGUGAUUUUCAACUAUUUUUCCAUCCCUAAAAUUGUUUUACAUAGAAGAAAAAACACCCCCACAUUGUCUGCAGCAGCAUUCAGGUUUAGAAAUGCUAAAAUAACAUGCUACAGUUGCCUGUUGCCAGAACACCUACUUUGGCCGAGUUAGUAUUUUCUGUUCAUCAUGUUGCAAUAGUUAUAGUGCCGGGUUUUGAUUACACUCUAGUUAAAUCCAAAAUGUAACACUUUGCCCAGAAAGAGCUCCUAAUAUAUUUUAAUAAAAUAAUAUACAUGGUG